UAAAUAACAAUAAAUACUGGACGACUGGCGGCGUAAUUUUUAAGCAGCGGGAGCCAACAUGGCGGCAUGUCGUCAGUGGUGUGCCGUGGAGAGCAUUGCUCACCACUAAAGUAACAACAGACACUACUUACCACCCAAGGCACUCACUCGACAGGUUUGAUUGAACAACAUUCCAGCUCAUUGCUCCAAUUAAAUUCGAAGUAAAAUCAGGAACACAGACAACGCCGCAAAGAAAAGUAACCUCAACAAAGUGUAUGACUUUAUCUCAACGCCCUCGAUCAAGUUAGGCUCUCAAAAUGGCAAGCUCAAAGUGGCAGAAUUUCUCUGCUUCGAACGAAGAGGAGACCGAUCGUGGUCAACACUCUGGCCAAAAUGGUUCCCAGGGAGCGAAGCCUUCUGGAGGCACAUUUAGGGAGGCUGGCAUUGUGGAAAAGUUGCUCCACUCUUAUGGGUUUAUCCGUUGCUGCGAACGCCAGGCAAGGCUGUUCUUUCACUACAGCCAAUUUUCUGGCAACAUCGAACACCUGCAUCUUGGAGACCCCGUUGAAUUUGAAAUGACCUACGAUCGCAAGUCGGGCAAGCCUAUUGCAAGCUCAGUUGUGAAAAUUUCAUCGGAGGCCAUCUCUGGGGAAGUUUUCAACGAGGAAUGCGUGUCGGGUUUCAUUACAACGGAAGCAAAAGACGGACAGGAGGGUCGUGUGGCAUACGAGAACCGUGGGGAGUGCUUUUUCCUGCCGUACACUCAAGAGGAUCUGGAGGAGAAUGUUGUACUGCACCCGGGAGACAAAGCAUCUUUCUAUCUGGCAACUUGCAAGGACACUGGAGCCCUGUAUGCGCAGAAUGUACGUCCUGCCCCUUCUCAGGGUGGAGACGGGCAGGCCCUGUCUUCUCCAGUUGGGAAAAGCGCAGGUGGAGGUGGCCUGCCAAGAAAACAAGGCGUGGUGUGCGCUUUGAAGGACACCUUCGGCUUCAUCGAACGGGCUGACAUUGUCAAAGAGAUUUUCUUCCACGCCAGCGAAUGCCGCGAUUUCCGCAAUCUGGCUCUGGGUGACGAUGUGGAGUUCACAGUGCAGAUGCGAAAUAAUAAGGAGGUGGCUUGUGGCGUGAGCCGGCUUCCUGCAGGCACUGUGGUGUUUGAAGAUACCAGUCCAGAAGUACUGACUGGUCACAUCGUCACCUUGGCAGAUAGAAGGUCGGCCCCAUCAUCUGGAGGAAAUGAUCCCCUGCCUGGACGGAUUGCUUACACCACCGAUGACAAAGAACUGGAGAUACCGUAUGGAGAAAGGGACCCGAGAUGUGACUACACACUUCAAGUAGGCGACCAGGUACAGUUCAGCAUUGCAACCGAUCGCCGCGAUGGCUUGCAGCGGGCAACCAACAUUGAACUGCUUGACCAAAGCUUCAACAAUGAGAACCGUCUUGUGGGCACAAUUGCGACCCUGAAGGAGACUUUUGGAUUCAUCAGUUGUCCAACGCGUGACACACAACUGUACUUUAAGACGUCCGAAUUCCUGGACCCCGAUGUCCCAGUGCGCCCUUGUGAUGACGUGGAAUUUACAGUGGCUCAAGACCCAGCCUCUCCAAAUCGUUUCUUGGCAACACGCAUCAGACGCCUCUCCUCAGAAAGUGAAAACACCAGUAUGGACAGUGGUGGCAGAGCUCGUCGCACUGUAGCCAACGGUGAUGGCUUAUCAAACGGCUCCGCGGGCGAUGCUGAUGCAAAGGGCUCGCGCAAGGGGCGUGGUGCUCGCAAUGGCUUUAGAUAUACUCACAGAGGGUACAUUGCUGCUCUCAAGGACAGCUUCGGCUUCAUUGAAAACGAAGAGCACAACCAAGAUGUCUUUUUCCAUUUUAGUGUUUUUGAAGGCAACCCAUCACAGCUUGAACCAGGACAGGAAGUGGAGUAUGGGCUGAGUCACAAGGGCCCAAAACGCAGUGCCGAGUGUGUACGCAAACUUCCAGCAGGUACUUUGGCAGCACAGGAGACCGUACGUCCUGAAAUUUUCAGCGGAGUGGUGGAGCGUUCCGUGCGUUGCUUCAAUCCCGAUCAAGAGCAUUACGCAGGGCUGGUGCGGCUGGCCACUGGUGGUGAAGGAGAGGAGAUCCCAGCCUAUGAGUUUGGCAUCACUAGCCUGACAGAUAAGCACGACUUGCUGCAGAAAGGAGAUGUAGUCCAGUUCCAAGUCGCUGUCAACUCUGAAGGGGUGGAGAGGGCUACUAACAUCACUGCUGUGCGCACGCGUAUCCAAGCAACAGUGGAGGCCAUAAAAGGCCAGUUUGGGUUCCUUUCAUACGAAGCUGAGGAGGGCAAGAAGUUGUUUUUCCACAUGACUGAAGUGAAAGGCGGGCACCUGCAAGUCGGAGACAAAGUGGAAUUUGUAGUUGUGCACCAUCAACGCACCAAGAAGUACUCUGCUUGCAGCGUCGUUAAAAUUGGAGAAUCACAGCCAAGCCAACGACCUGAGCGAUUGGUCAGCAGGCUUAGGACGCUGUCAGUGGAUGAUGCAGGACCUCGGAUCAUCAUUGUCCGGCAGCCCAGGGGUCCAGACGGCACCAAUGGUUUCGCGAGCCGCAUAACCGAAACUGAAGAGGAUGCAAACACCGGGUCAGCUGAAGACCUGGCCUCAGAUUCUACCCCAGUGCCCCCUGAAGUUGCUGCGUAGAUACUACAAACCGAUAUAAGGCUUCUUGAGCUGACUUCUAAAUCUGUUGCUGUUGCCAAAACCUGAUUUGUUCAUUUAUAUUGUCCUCGUGCACCACAAUGGUUCUCACCCUCUCCGUGCUGUCGAAACAUACUCUUAUUGGUCUUAAAUGUUACGCUGCAGUUGGAUUCUUCCUGGUCACCCGUAGGAUCAUUUUAUUUAUGGGUAACGAUGCUGUCAUAUUAUUUUUACGUUUCUUACUUAACUGGCUUGUGCGUCCGGCUUCUGCGAGACAAAUGCAUGGGCUUCUUGGAAGCCAUGAAAUAAGCAAGAUUGGCUUUGCCACUUUUAUUUAUGAGGCAAUGCUCUCGGCCGUACACAUUGCUAGUCUUAGGGGUAGCUAUUUCUCUAUUAUUUAAGUCUGUUGUAUGUGUUACAAGCUGCUGUCGGUAAAGCAAUACAUGCCCAUUGCUUAACUUCGAAGCACACGAGCUGCUUGAUGAAGCGCAAAUUUCGAGAUAACGGGGCACCAGCGAUAAUAAUUCCCGAUAACCAAGUUAUCUUCAAUUCAUUUUAAGAGGCAACUCAGGGUUGGCCUUGUAGCACCUGUGCUCCUUUCCCAAGUGUUCUACUCGCAGGCACGGUGUGUGUGUACUCAUAUGUAAAAGCUGAUGUCUGUGAUCGUGAAUCCUUCCCAAGUAGUAAUGGCACAGUUUCUCUGCAUGACCGCAAUACUUCGUAUACAGCAGUGAACUGUCUGAGGUGUACCACCAUUCAGUUAGUAGUCGCGGGACGGCGCACAAGCCUCUUUUUGAGCUUUACGGUCAUUCGCACCCUGAGUUUAACUUUCCAAUACAGAAUGUCUACUUACAGCGAUUUAAUUCUUACGCACCUCAUCCCUAGCCUAUCCUCUGUAGCAGGGCGCUACGAAAAAGAAAGAAAAAAAAAAGGGAGGGAGGGUUCUGCUUAGGAAUAUUUAGGCUGCACACUUUUCCGAUGUUGGGUUGGAUGUUAUGUGCUUCGUUUGCCUCAUCCGCAAGUGGUGAAACUGGCGUCCGAUAACGUUAUGGAUGCUCUCUUUAUAGGUGUGCUUGCAAAAGUUUGAGUUGCAUUUCUCUUUUUCGCAACACAGCUUGCAUGGAGCUUGUGAACAGCCUGCGUUCUGAGCCCUGAAUUUUUCGGUGGCAUUAUUAGAAGUCCCUUUGUGUGCAUGAGCAUUGAAGGGUACACGACACUAAGCCUGCGGCAUAUCCAUGAUUGCAGGAUCGCCAAGGACGAUCUUGGCAUAAAAGGCAUAUUCAGAGCUUGCCGUGUGAGAUUUCGAAGUACGAUACAGAUAUGACUAGUGUACGACGGCAAGUGUGUUGGAGCACAACAAUACUGCCCACUGCCGUACUGUGAAUAUCAGUGAGCUGCAAACAGCAUGUCCAGCUGCAUGGCUACAUGAAAAUUGAAUAUGAACUGAAAGUGCUGAUGAACUUUGUAACGAAAUGAAAUUAAAGUUUCUAGGCAUACAACAAAA